AUGGAGUUCGGCGACAGCCUUUCCUUCGCCGCCGUUGUCCCCACUGUAUACAAGAGAGAAGACUAUAAGCGAACCAAACACGACACUGUUUUCUCCAAGUGGAAGGUUCUGAUAGGUUCGGAGGAUUGGGAGGAUUUCAAGAAAGGGAAAGAGGGUGUAGGUAGAUACAGAGUAGAGAACUUACCACGUAGAUCUUGUCCGGGUCUGUAUGAGCUAGGUGUAGUAAUAGCAGUCACUGACCAAGCCCGAGAGCUUGAUUCGGAUGAUGAUGAUGUUCUGGUUGCAUAUAUAGGACAAGCUGAAAGUGUUAGAUCUAGGCUUCAGUGUUAUGGACGCUCCGGUGCUCAUUUCCGCAAUCUUAACAACAACAUUGAUGAUGGUUGUUGUGAGUCGUCUCCAGAUAAUAAGAAGGCGGGUUUGUUUGAGGACAUUUUCAUGAAACAUGGCUCGCUUGUCUAUAGAUGGGCUCCGAUGAGGUGUAAGAGAGAAGCUGAGGCAACAGAAGGGAUGCUUUUGAGCACUUUUGACUAUGCUUGGAACAAAGGUAGCAACGGUGAGCGUCGCCAUCUUGAUUUGCUUAACAAGCUCGCUGAUCUCAAGAAGAAGAGUUAUACCAAUUUCCUCCUCACUUCCAUAAUCAAACAACUCUCCCGAUCCAGACCACAACCGGUUUCAGACAAACUUGAUGAGAUGAUCUCACCUUCUUCUUCUGAUUCUGUUGUUUGUGGAGUGGUACUUGAAAACGGGGAUUGUUGCAGUAAAAGUCCAGUUAAAGGAAGAAAGAGAUGCAUAGAGCAUAAAGGGCAAAGAAUCUGCCGUGUCUCACCGGUUAAACUAAAACCACAGCCCCCUGAGACUACUACUUUCACCACCAGACAAGAAGAUUGCAACAACACUGAUCAUGUUACUACAACAACCUGUGGAGUGAUCUUACCAAACACGGAACCUUGCACUAAGAGACCUGUCCCAGGAAGAAAACGGUGUGAGGAUCAUAAAGGCAUGAGGAUUAACGCUUUCCUCUUUCUUCUUAACCGAACAGACCGCGAGAAAACCGUCAAAUCUGAAGAAGAAGAAGAUGAUUUGACUCCUCGCUUCUGUGAAGCUACAACAAAGAAGGGUGUUCCUUGCACAAGAAGCUCUCCUAGAGGAAGCAAAAGGUGUUGGCAACACAAGGAGAAAGAGAAUAUUCAUCCGGUGGUGGCCGUAACACAAGUAACAUGCGGUGUUAAAGUGUGUAAUGGAGGAUUGGUCUGUGAGAGAUCUCCGGUUAAGGGACGUAAAAGAUGUGAAGAGCAUAAGGGAAUGAGAGUCAUGAUCACACCAUCAUCGUGA